UAAUGUAACAUUACAAGUGAGGAAUUCGUUUCAGAUUAUUUUAAACAGUGGGUUGUGAAAAUGAAUGUUAUUCUUUGAUGGAAACGAAAUUGAUGCGUACAUUUUGUGUUUCGGUUUACAUAAAAGCAUCUAAAAACAAAUGUUGGUAAUCAAACAGACCACAAACAAUGGUGGACAAGUCGUAGUCGGCAGACGCAUAAAAUAGAAACUAAAAAGAAAUGUCGAAAAGUAAAGAGAUUAUUGUGAGGGUACAGUGUCCUGAUGCAGGCACCAAGAGGAUUGAAACUAAAGGAAAUGAAAGUAUUGCAGAAUUCUUAAACAAGAUUCAGAAGACUUUCGAGCUAGGGGAUAUAGGGUGGAAUGUCUACAAAACUCGAGAGAAGAAAGAAGUUAUAAAAACCUCACGCUCAAGAACCUUGGAUGCUUAUAAAAUAAAACAUGGGGACAUGUUAUUCUUGUUCUCUCAACCUACACACAUCAGUGGCCAGGCCUCUAUUGGCGUGGACAUGGACACCCUGUCCAGCAGUCCAUUCCCCUCUGGGACAGUGCAAGAGGAUGAGGUGGAUCUACUGCUGUAUAAGGAGGAUGGCAGGAUACCCAGGCAGAAGGAUGAACAGCUCUGUCACCACGGGCCCUCAGGCAAAUGUCUGCAUUGUGUUCCACUGGAGCCGUAUGAUGAAAAGUACUUGGCAACAUGUGAUCCACCCAUCAAAUAUUUAUCCUUCCAUUCAUAUCUCCGUAAACUAACCAGUGGUGUAGACAAAGGAAAAUUUGCAAAUCUUGAGAACUUAACAUGUAAGAUAAAGGAAGGCUGCAAGGGUCACCUGCCCUGGCCUGCAGGGAUCUGUACCAAGUGUCAGCCCAACGCUGUGACCUUGAACAGACAGCGCUACAGACACGUGGACUACAUCAUGUUUGAGAACCCCAGCAUUUGUGAUCAGUUCCUGAACUACUGGCGUAGUACAGGCAACCAGAGAAUUGGCCUCAUGUACGGGCGCUAUGAACCUCACAAGGAUAUCCCAUUGGGAAUCAGGGCGGUUGUAACAGCCAUAUAUGAACCACCUCAGGUUAAUCGUCCAAACAAGGUGGAGUUGUUAGAUGACCCUCUAGAGGAGUCUGUGAACAGGUUUGCUGCUCGGCUGGGAUUGGUACCCGUAGGCUGGAUAUUUACAGAUCUUGUAGCUGACGAUCUCACUAAGGGAACUGUGAAGAACUUCAGGGGCAAUGUGGACUCACAUUUCCUGAGUGCAGAGGAGUGCAUCAUGGCUGCUCAGUUCCAGAACAAGCACCAAAACCCCUGCAAGUACUCCACAGAGGGAUUCUUUGGAUCCAAGUUUGUCACAGUCAUUGUCACUGGUGAUCAGACCGGCCAGAUUCAUUUUGAGGGCUACCAGGUGUCCAAUGUGUGCAUGUCUCUGGUUAGGGACAACUGUCUCAUCCCCACUAAGGAUGCACCAGAACUCGGUUAUAUAAAGGAGUCCACAAACGAGCAAUAUGUACCAGAUGUCUUCUAUAAGGACAAAGAUGAAUACGGCAAUGAGGUGACCCAGCUUGCCAGGCCCCUGCCGGUGGAGUACCUGCUGGUGGACAUGGGAGCAGCCUUCCCCGUAGAGCCCCAGUUCACCUUCAAGGUCACUGACAAACCCUUCCCCAAGGAGAACAGAAGUGCCACUGGGGAAAUGCAGGAUUUCAAUGCCCUGAUCCACUACAUGGAGCAGUUCCCACUGAGCAGGUUUUUUGAAGCGAUGACAGAAUUCCACCUACUGCUGUACCUCUCCACAACCGACAUGCUGCCACUCAAGGAGAGGAUAGUGACCCUGCUGGAGGCAAUCAAGACUGGAGAUGAGAAUCUGGCCCAUGAUUUCAAGAAGACUGAGGAGUGGGCCACAGUGGAGGAGAUGAUGGCAGCACAUGGAGUUCAAAGCCCGGGUCUGACUCGGCAGGGAUCCUACGUGGGCCCUGGGGCCUCGCCCCUCCCUCCAAUCGGCUCAGCCAGUGGGGCCAUGUGGAUAUGUGCCCACUGUACCUUUCACAAUAGACUGGAAAACCAGAGCUGUGAGAUGUGCAACUUACCCAGACAUUAAACCAAGUGUGAAGUUUACUUUUGUCUCUGUAUUCAUUUCAGAUGACUUUAAGAGAAAAUAGUGAAAUAAAAGAUUGAUAUAAUU